AUUAGGAGGAGGUCGGUGUUGGUGAAGAGCGAAUUGGCGAUACAUACGGGCAUACUUUAACCAAAUUAACUCCGGAUAAAGUAGAGAAAGGGUUUUUGCUUCAGUAUCCCUGCUUAGGGUUUUUGCUUCAGUAUCCCUAGUUUUGCUUGUCUUCCAUAAUCAAUCAUGGCGGAUGACGACUACAAUGAAAUGGAUAUGGGAUAUGAGGAUGAGCCGCCAGAGCCUGAGGUUGAAGAAGGAGCCGAGGAGGACGUUGAUAACAAUAACAAUGAGGAUGUUCAAGGGGAACCCAUUGAAACUGAGGAUAAAGAAGAUCAAGAACCUGUGGAACGUCCUCGCAAAACAUCAAAGUAUAUGACAAAAUAUGAGCGUGCUAGAAUUUUGGGAACUCGUGCUUUGCAGAUCAGCAUGAAUGCACCUGUAAUGGUUGAGUUGGAGGGUGAAACUGACCCACUCGAGAUUGCUAUGAAGGAACUAAGAGAGCGAAAAAUACCUUUCACCAUCCGGCGCUACCUCCCUGAUGGAAGUUAUGAGGACUGGGGAGUAGAUGAACUGAUUGUGGAAGACUCGUGGAAGAGGCAAGUUGGAGGUGAUUGAUAGCUGGAUUUUUAAUCGUUGGAAGAUGGCUGGUGAAAAGCGUUUGAUGAUGUAUUACCAGAACUUCAAAGCAAGUCCGCUAAAGCAGUGUAACAUCAUUUUAUGUUUGAGAAACUUCCAGUUGUAUAAAUAUACUACCUGGGAACUGGUAUAUUGACUGAUGGUUGCUGAACUUUUAGGAAUAUACUUUUGCCUUAAAACA